ACUGGGGGAGGGGUGAGGAUGGAGGGAGACUGGGCCGGGAGGCUGUGUGGGACCGGGCCCGCCGGCCUCCGCGGGGCUGAGCGGAAGCGAGCACCGCGGUGGGGCCCGUGCAUUUUCUUCCGCCCCGCCCCCUGGGACCACCUCCUCAGCCCCCUGCUGUCCGGCGGCGGCUGUCUGGCCCGGGGCUGGUAGCUGGGCUUCCUGAGGCCGCCCUCUGAGGCCUCGGUCUCCUGACCCGCGGAGAGGCCGUUUCCCUGCGGCCACAGCAGGCCCCUCGCAGCGCCCAGCUCUACUUCUCCACAGAGAAAAAGGCCGGUUGGGAUUCCUGGAGUUUCCCGCCAGAGCAGGGUCCUCUCCAAGGGGAGAGAGAGAGAGCGCGCUGUUUCCACCAAGAAGUUCAGCUUUCAAUCCCACCUGCUUCACCUUUCUUCUUUGAGACCUGAAUGAUACUUCUCGACUACUUCUGUGUCCCACGCAAACAAUUCUACAACUCUUUUACCCUGUGGUAUUUCCCCGAGACGCGAUACCGCUAGUGCCACCACCAGAGAGAAACGUCUGGACCCUCCUGCACAGGUUAUGAAAACUCCCUUAACUGCCACAGUUUUCUUCUUACCUGGCUCAUCGCCUCUUGUAAGAUGUAUGGAAGAGAAAUCUCAGGAUCACAAAAUCCGUCGCUUACAUAGAAAAGUGUUUUAAUAUGAGGGUUUUGUGUCUUUGCUAAAGUCAGUGAUGUGAAAAGACCUGAAAUGGACGAUACUGCCGACAAUAUGAAGAUGGAUGCUGGAGAAGUAACUUUAGUGAACCAUAAUAACUCCGCCUUCAAAACCCACCUGCUGCCACAGUCAUGUUUUCCAGAGGACCAGCUCUCACUUUCUGACCAGCAGAUCCUGCCUUCUAGGCAGGAGAUUUUGGACGGACCUUCCACAUGUUCUACAAGAAAUGCAACUUGUAAUCCAGAUUAUUAUUCAGGAUUCUUUGUCAGCAAGAUGAGAUCUCCUCCCCUAAAAAGACAUAACCCUUCCUCAGACAGUUUCCUUGGCUCAAAUGACACAAGAACCUUUGGUCAAAGUGCAAAUGGACAGUGGAGAAAUUCCACUCCAGCAUCAGUGUCAACAUUACAAAAAUCAAGAAAUAGCCGAAGUCUUUACCUCGAAACCAGAAAGACCUCAAGUGGAUUAUCAAACACCUUUACAGGAAAGUCAAACCAUCACUGCCAUGUGUCUGCAUACGAAAAGUCAUUUCCUAUUAAACCUGUCCCAAGUCCAUCCUGGAGUGGUUCAUGUCGUCGAAGUCUUUUAAGCCCUAAGAAAAUUCAGAGGCGGCAUUUCAGCACAGCAGAAGAGACAGUUCAAGAGGAAGAAAAGGAGAUCUACAGGCAGCUGCUACAGAUGGUCACGGGAAAACAGUUCUCUGUAGCCAAGCCCACCACACAUUUCCCUUUGCACCUAUCUCGGUGUCUUAGUUCCAGUAAGACCUCUUUGAAAGACUCACUGUUGAGAAAUGGAAACUCUUGUGCAUCUCAUGUCAUUGGCUCUGAUACUUCAUCCUCUGGAUCGGCCAGCAUUUUAACUGCACAGGAGCACUUGUCCCACAGUGCACGUUCCCUGUUGUCCUGCACCCCAGAUGCUGCAUUUGGAUCCAGAGACUCUGACCCGCCACAUCAGCCUCACCAUCACCUCUCUACUCCACAUCAGCCAGAUAACUUGCCAGCAUCAAAUACGCAGUCUGAAGGAUCAGACUCUGUGAUUUUACUCAAAGUGAAAGAAUCUCAAACUCCAGCUUCCAGUCCUAAUUUCUUCCAGGCAGAGCUAUGGAUCAAAGAAUUAACUAGUGUUUAUGAUUCUCGAGCCCGGGAAAGAUUGCGCCAAAUUGAAGAACAGAAAGCACUAGCUCUACAGCUUCAGAACCAGAGAUUGCAGGAACAGGAACAUGCAGUACUUGAUUCCAUAGAGCUGCACCUUCGUGUACCUCUUGAGAAGGAGAUUCCUGUCACAGUUGCCCAGGAAACCGGGAAAAAAAGUCACGAGUUAACUAAUAGUGAAGACGAAUUUCCAGAAAUUACAGAGGAAAUGGAGAAAGAAAUAAAGAAUGUGUUUCGUACUGGUAACCAAGAUGAAGUCCUCAGUGAAGCAUUCCGCUUGACCAUUACACGCAAAGACAUUCAAACUCUAAACCAUCUAAAUUGGCUCAAUGAUGAGAUCAUCAAUUUCUACAUGAAUAUGCUAAUGGAGCGCAGUAAAGAGAAGGGAUUUCCGAGCGUGCAUGCAUUUAAUACUUUUUUCUUCACUAAGUUAAAAACAGCUGGUUAUCAGGCGGUGAAACGUUGGACAAAGAAAGUGGAUGUGUUUUCUGUUGACAUUCUUCUGGUGCCCAUUCACUUGGGCGUGCACUGGUGUCUUGCUGUCAUAGACUUUAGAAAGAAGAGUGUCACCUACUACGAUUCUAUGGGUGGAAUAAACAAUGAAGCCUGCAGGAUCCUCUUGCAAUACCUAAAGCAAGAAAGUGUUGACAAGAAAAGGAAAGAGUUUGACACCAAUGGCUGGCAGCUCUUCAGCAAGAAAAGCCAGGAAAUUCCACAGCAGAUGAAUGGAAGUGACUGUGGGAUGUUUGCUUGCAAAUAUGCUGACUGUAUUACCAAAGACAGACCAAUCAACUUCACACAGCAACACAUGCCAUAUUUCCGGAAGCGAAUGGUCUGGGAGAUCCUCCACCGGAAGCUCUUGUGAAGACUGUGUCAGAGAGCAGACAUGACAGUGUGGGGGACCAGCCCUUUGCGUCUGCAGCCAGAGACCUUGGGACAGCUGCCCCUCGCCCUGCUGGUGUGCCACCCUUGACCCUGGAGCAGCCCAGGCGAGACGCACUCACAAGCACAUCUGCCUUUCCUUUUGUAUCUCAGAUACUAUUUUUGCAAAGAAACUUCGGUGCUGUGAAAGGGGUGAGGGACAUCCCUAAGCUGGAGAGAGACUGCUUUUCACCUCAGCUCUGCCAUCUUGUUUCCAAAGGGCUCCAGCCUCACUGAGUCCCUAACUAGGAGCCCAAGGAAAACUUGAGAAGAAUCUUGGCUUCUUAUAAACUCUUGUUGCUAGGCCUUACCAAGAAGUAGGAAAGGGCAUGGACAGCAGGUAGACUAAAAACCACCAGCACGUAGACAUACACAUGAUUCCCAAGAUGCAGAGUUAGGAAUGGGACUAUAAACUGGACUUUGAGGCACGAGCUUAAGCCCCCUCCUCCAGAACCCUUCCUAUUUAUAUGCCCUGAUGUGAAACCCAACUGCUUCUCCUCAAAGCUGUUUUAUCACUGGCAGUGUCAUCCCAUUCUGAGCCCAGUGCACACAUCCUGGCAGACCCUAAAGUCACAAGCAGGCCUUCCCUUACAAGCAGGGGUUUGCAUGUGCUAGCGCAUGUGCUGUGGGGAGGACCUACCCCGACAUGCUGAGUGCAGCAGCAGGGCCCCCACCUCACGGUUGCCUGCUUCUGACCAAGAAGAAAAGAAGGGCCUCGGGCUUUAGCAUCAAGUACCAGAGUUGGAUAAAUACAGGUCUAGGUGGUCUGUGGCUGGUUAGUUUAAAUGUUUCUAACCACAGAGAAUUUUAUAUACAUAUAUAUCUAUCUAUAUGUGUGUAUACAUUCAUAUAUGUAUACACACACAUGUGAAAUAUAUAUUUCACAGGGAUAUGCUUUUAAAAGAAAAGAAAGACUGAAUGUGUUCACCAUUUAGUCUGUAGGUUUAUUUUCAUCUUUCAAAUUCCAGCACACAGUGAUCCCAACAACUGCUACAUAUCAGGUGUUUGUAGACUUCCUAAGAAUAUUUUGAGAGUUGGAUGAAUUUUGGCUUAGGAGUAAGUGUUACCAAGGUAAACAGCAUUUUCAGCUUAAAAAAAAAAAAAAGGUAUGUGUGGGGGUAGAGUUUAGAUUGGUAAGCUAUUCCUUUUGUUCUUUGUAGCAUCUCCCACCCUCUGAGAGCUCCUAAGGGUUAGAUGGUGAGAUGAUCCAAUGCCAGUGUCAUUUUGUACUUAGGUUCCAGACAGGAACAUUUUAUACUUUUUCUGUAUUGUAAUAGGUAGUUUUAUAUAAACUCUCUUCUCCUCUCCCCUUGUGCCCAUCCUUUCCAGCAUUGUGCUUUCUCCUCGGCUUAUUGGAAAAUUUUACUCUGUUUUAUACCAAGCUUGUUUAGUACAUUUUUCUAUGUUUUACCACAGGUUACAAUUUGAAAACAACAACUAUUUUUUUUAAUAUUCCAUUGUUAAACUGAAUGUUACCGUCUCCACUCCAACGACCAGUGUUCUUCCUCUUCCUUUGUUCCCUGCAUGCUGGAGGAAGAGACCGCUUUGUACAUUUAUGUCUCCUUCUUGCUACUCCUCUUCUCCUCCAUCUUCCCUCCCUUUCCUUUUCCUUUGAUUUUCUAUAGGAAAUAAAUAGCUUUCUGUAUAUGAGUUGCUGGGACCUUUCACACUCUCCUUUAGAAAACUGUGGCAUGCAGACUCAUUGUCAGACUCCUAGAUAGUAUAUGAUUCUCUGUAUGUAAGUGACAGCUUACUUGGUGGCACUUUGGACUAUUGAUAAAAGACAAGCUUUUCAGACUUUGCCCACUAUUAUCUGGAGCUCUUCAAAGAUAGUUUUCUAUGUUUAUUGUUUGUUUCUUUAGACAAUAUCUGUUUUAUCUUCCUCAGAGACUUUUUGUAUGGACCAAAGCAACAGAUAUUUAUUGCCAUGUAUUUCAGAAUAUGAAACAUGCAACAAAAGCACUUUGCAAAAUAUGUAAGGAAUUCUUGAGCCUGUCUGAGGUCGGCUCCCUUUCUCUAAUGCAGUUUAAGUGUGUACCAGGUAAAAGCUAGUGAUCCCAAGGCCACUGUCCAUCCCAGGACUAAUAAGAGUAGACAGAGGAGACAGGGUGAUUAAAUGGGAAUCAUGUACAGACUUGUAUAGUAAGCCAUUCUUAGAGAUCAGAGCAAGUACCUGGAAACUUCCUUAAUUCAAGAGUGAACUUUGAUGACAAAGACUGAAGAUGAUGUUUCUGUAUUCUGUAGUCAAGGGUAUGCUACCAGUAUCUAUUUAAUGUGCUUUAAACUAAAUGUGCCUGUUGUUUUCCUUCUUUUGAUCUCCUUUCCCCAGGUUCAAUGCUUAUAACCAUCUACCCUCCCCUAAAAAAGGAAUAUUUGAAGGAUGAUAAGCAUUACAUGGCAGUUACAGACACUUCAACAAAAAACACAGUCCCAGCUGUUAUCCCUGGACUGCAUAUGCAGAAAAUAGGACGUGUUUCUGCCCUUUUGAGAAUACGUGGUAUGGUGUAUGGAAGAUAGUUACAUCCUGUUGAUCACUUGAGACCCACUGUGACUCCCAGGAGUCCUGAGUAGUGUUCCAUGUAAGUGUUUCUCCAUCGUACAGCCUAGAGACUUGCCAUCAGAGUUCACUCUUCUAGAUAGGUGUGGUUCCUUGUGAUACCAGGUUCUGUUCUCUAGCCAGUGUCAUCACACUAGCCUCUUCUGCUCACUGUCCUCAGCACUGGUAGCUCUAGUGUCCUAGUGGUUUAAGGGUAGAAAAGAUAACCUGGCAAAACAUUUCCACCCACCCCACCCAUAGUCUGCCUGUCAUCACCACCUGGUUUUACACGUCCCACGGCACAGUCACUCGUGGGUCUUAAGGAGAAGAUUCGUUCAAGAGCUUCAUUGUUUUCAGAAUUCCUAACCUCCAAUCUUUCUCUGCCAUCCUCCAAGCUCUGAAAAAUGUCAGAGUAACAAGUAACUAGCACUCGGUUGUUUUGAUUUUCCUUGCUCUGCCUGCAUGGCCGAGGCUAUACAGAGUAAAAUGCUUUCAAGUUGAAGUUGAAGAUCAGUGUGAACACUGGCUUGGUUGUAGAAUUAACAUCUACAUCAGAACCUUGCUAAAUAUAACAUACCUAGAUGCAGGCUUUUCUUCCUUCUAAGCUGAGGAGUAGCCAUCAGUUAUUUUUUACUUCUAGGGAUUAUCUUAUUCUUGACAGAACCCAACUGCUAGCAGAGGUGAGUGGGAGAGCGGUACCCAGAAGCCCAGACUCCCUUCUGCUCAGACACCCUCAUUCAGUUUAGUCCUUUCUUAAGCACCUACUAAGUACACACACCCAAGUCUGAUCUUAAAGCCCUCUCUGGUCACAUUAUCUUAAAAUCUCUUGUCUGGACUUCUGUAGCCCUAAUGAGGGAAUGGGAUAACUUCCCUGUUUGCCUUCGGAUGUGGACCAAAGCAUGGAGCUGUCACAGCCAGGGGAAUGGGUUGAUGCUGUUUUUCUAAUCAAGAGUGCAAGCCUCUGUGUUCUGGUCUGCCAAGGAUUUGGCAGGGCUCACUCUCUGAGCCAUUAGAACAAUUGUGUUAUAAGGAUGCGAGGAAGGAUUGCUAUUCCUCAUCACUUCCAAGUGCUGGAGUCCCAGAGGUUCUUUUAGAUCUCAAACAGUGCUCCACUUGGCCUCUAGCAGAAGCACCUUCCUCCUCAUCAACUGAGCGUGCUGCCAAUUGGGGUUCUCAGGCUCUACCCCAAGAGGCUUAUGAGAACAUCUUUUACCCCUUUGAGUAGGUUUCUCCUCCAUCCUUUAUUGACAGUGGUAUCCCUUGCACAUUCAGAUGAUGGGUAGCUCUCUCUGUCUUGCCGCCUAAAGGCACUUCCUUAACUGAAACACAGGGAAUCCUUGUUGGGGUAUUUCCUAAAUGUGAGGCCAAGCUCUGGACUUAAGAGCCCUGAAAUGGGGAGAAAAGAUGGUUUGACCAAGGAAUAAAAGCCACUUGUCCUCAGGGCUUUACAGUCUAUACAUUUACAGUUUGCUCGAUGGGGGAGGCUAAGCAAACAGAAAUGUACCUUGUCAUUAGUGCGUAGUUGAGAAAGAAGCUGACAUGAAGGCAAGGGCUGGGGAUGUGUCAGGGUAUUGCCUUUUCUGUGUAUGUCACUCCCAUUUGGGGGUUGGUUUUUUUGUUUUGUUUUUUUAAUCGACUUAUUUAAAAUAAAUUCUGUGGAUUUUGCUUCUGUGCUUUGA